UAAAAGCAGUGAGGAAGAGGUCGUCGUCGAAGUGUUGAAAAUUGAGUUUCAUUGAAAAUUUGUGUCAAAUAAAAAAAUGGACGUUAAAAAGAUUCGUUGAAAGUUGUUAAACUAAUCGUAUGCAUGCUUUUUUUGCAGUAUUAAAUAAAAAAUUAAUGCAUGUUCGUUCAAUGUAGAUGAAAGUGUGAAACGAACGUGAAAAAUCGAAGUGAAAAAGUGAGGCCAGCCUCAGCAGCAGCGGUAGAGGCAGCGGCAGUCCAUUGAAAAGAUUGAUAGACCAAUUAAAAAAUUUCGUGUCCGGCGAAUACGAAGAGAGAUAAACGAAACGAUAACAAGUGGGUAGUGUAUAAUUUGGACAAAACAAAGUGUGUGAAAAGGUAGAGGAAAGAAACUGUUCAUGUACUAUAUUGAGGGAGUGCGUGCGCCGCAUGCAAAACACAUUGUUCGCUGAUCAGUAUAACACUGCUUAUCAAGUGAGGGCCGCAGCAAUAAAAUUUAAUAACAGCAGUUAUCGUCUAUCGUGUUGUCCACAGCGAUGGCUGUAAAAGUGCAAUUCGAGAUCGGUCAUACGGCGAGGUUGCGCAGCAAGAAAACACCAGAAGGCUUCACUCACGAUUGGGAAUUGUAUGUGCGCGGUGUUAAAGAAGCAGAUAUCAGCACCUAUGUUGACAAGGUCGUUUUUAAUUUACACGAUUCCUUUCCAAAGCCAAAGAGGGUUUCCAACAAGCCGCCAUACGUUAUCACCGAAUCUGGUUACGCCGGUUUCUUGGUGCCGAUAGAUAUAUAUUUUCGUAACCGCGAUGAGCCAAAGCGUAUACAAUUUACUUACGAUUUAGAUUUGCAGCAAACUGGUCCACCACAUCAUCGGUUCGAGGUGCAAAAGUUUGUUUUCGACCAUGUUUCGGAGGAUUUUCGACAAAAGCUGCUCAAAGGAGGCGGCAUACCAGUGACUGGUGCAGGCGUAGUUGGCGGUGGCGCCGUACCCCCGACCAAUACCCCGCCGAAUGCUGCUAUCAGUGAUGAAGGUGGUGGUAUGAUUAGCAAACCAAAACUGAGUAGCGGCGAAGCAGUCGGUGGUAGCGGCGGUAAAAAACACAAAACUCGCGUUGAUGAUUCCAAGAGUAAUUCGUUUGCUAAUCUCUUUGGUACACCAAUAAAAAGCGGCUCUAGCAAACAUUCGCCAGAUGCUAAGAAUAACAGUUUGAAUGUCGGAGGCGGCAAAGGGGUACCUCACGCAAGCAGCGCAAGCGGUGGUGGCGGUGGUGGGGUAACACCUAACUCUGGCAGUAGCAAUGCGAACAACGCUAGUGGCAAGGAGAAGUCCAUUAAAGAACGUGACAAGAUGAGCAGCUCGUCAACGGCUUCCGCCGGUAGUAGCGAGAAGCCACGUGAAAAGUCUGAAAAGAAAGAAAAGCAUAAGUCGUCAUCUAGCCCACACAAAGAGCCGCGUAGUGAGAGCAAGAAAUCAUCCGGCGAGAGUAGCAAACAUGAAAAGCGCGAAGAAUCGAAGUCGAAGAAGGAUAAGUCACGAGAAAAAGAACGUGAACGCAGCCGAGAGAAAGCUGGCACCAAACGAUCGCUUAGCCCGAAAGCAAGUACGCGUGACGUUAGUGCCCCAAGCCCGAAACGGCCGACUCCACCCCGAUCUUCGUCGUCUGCAAGCGGGCGUGUGGAGGACGUAAAGCCAACGAAUAGUAGCAACAAAACGGAGGUUAAGGAAUCUAAGUCCCGCGAAGAUAAAUCUAGCUCAAGCGGCAAGAAAUCUAAGAAAGAAAAGAAAGACAAGGAUAAGGACAAAGAACGCGACAAGGAGCGUCGUGAUGAGCACAAAGAAAAGCAUCGAAGUGUCGAAGGGAAAUCAAAGGAUUCAAAGGAAGAACGUCAUGGCGUUGCGGCCAACGUUGGCCCUAGUGGAGGUGCCAGCAAUGUAGCGCCUUCAACGGCAUCUAAUGGGAACGCUGUAGUAGCGGAAGCUAAAGAUCUCAAAGGCAAGCAAUCUCCCGCGAAUGUGAACGCCAAGAAGGCAGACAAAGAUAAGGCGGAAGCAGCCAAGUUAAAGAACAAUGAUAAGACUGUCGAUAAAACCGCGCCGAUUGUUUCGGCAAACGGUACAAAUACUCAGGCAGCUACUGCACCGGCUGGCAGUGGUGAUAAGAAACCAACCGGCAUUUCAAGCACCCAAGGCGAAAAGGUAGAGAAAGAGAAGGACAAAGAAAAAGAAAAGGAAAAGGAGAAAGAAAAAGAAAAGAAGUCGCAUAAGCACAAGAAAAAGGACAAGAACAAAGACAAAGAUAAAGAACGAGAUAAAGAGCGUGACAAAGAGAGACACAAGGAAAAAGACAAAGAAAAAGACAAGGAAAAGGAAAAAGAAAAAGAAAAGGAAAAGGAAAAGGAAAAAGAUAAAGAUAAGGAAAAUAAUGCGAAUGUAAAUGUAACGACAACCGCAGUCACCGUAGAUCCCGCUGCUACAGCGAUUACAACCGAAACACCAGCACCACUUGGACCGCCCAAGAAUGAACCGAGCAAUGCAAACCCCGCCCUUAACGCUGCCAGCAGUGUCGCAACCACUAACAGCAGCAGCACUGCAACAGCGGCCGCUGCACCAACAAAGAAGUCACAAAGUAAAGAAAAGAAGUCCAAAGAGAAAGCAUCCAAAGAAGAAAAGCGCAAUGCAGCCGAGGAAGGCGAAGUGGUGGAGGUCCGAAGAAGCACUAAAAAUGCUGCUAAAAGUGCUAACGCCGCCGCAUCAGUAACAUCAUUGGCAAGUACCCCUACUGUCCCAUUAAUGAGCACCAAUACCGCUACCAACAGCAACACCAAUAAUGAUAUGGGCGACGGCGCCAAAGCACAUUCGCCAGAGGAAACCCCACUGCCGACGAUAACCGCGGAGACAGCUGCAGGAACAGGCGCUUCAAAGACGACCUCUUCUACUGACCCUGCGCCCGCCGCUUUGCAAUCGGAUAGCUCGAAUAGCAGUUUUCUGGAUAUACCACCAAAGCCGGUGGUAACCACAAAGCCGACAUCAUCGCCCACCACCAAAGCGGAGGUGACACCAGCAGCAAAGCCCGAGAAGUUGGCAGCCGCCAGCAGCAAAGAGUACAAGCAGCGUGGCAGCGAACGUAAUGCAAAGACGAAAGAUGGCGCCGACAAACAAGAUAAAAAGAUAGAAAAAGGAGAAAAGAAACGUCGACGAAGCUCUGUGGCAGCUGCCACCGUAUCAGUAAACACGUUCAUAGAACCUCCAAUCAAGCAAGCCAAAAAGGAGGCUAACAAAGCGGCACGAGAUCAAACGAAGUCGCCUGCACUGCGACACAGCCGAGCCGCUAGCAUAAGCGGCCCACUCCUCGGCAUCAAUAACAGCAGCAGCAGCGGCAUUAACUCGAAUAACAUCGGCAAUGGCAACAACAGCAACAAUGCGCCCUCGCAAAACAAUAGCAGUUCUGCUUCUACUGAGGCACUCAAUAGUGGCGGGGCAUUUUUGCCGCCUCCCAAUAACACGACUGGCACCAGUGUAACUAGCUCGCCAGCCCCUCCAGCCACCGCUACUACCGCCAAUGCCAACGUCAGCAACACCAGCUCAAAUGUUGCCGCAACUGCGAGCGUUUCGACAGCUGCUGCAGCAGCGGCAGCGCCGCUGGCACCGCCUCACCCACUGCGACCCGCAUCACCGGCUGCGCCUGUCGGUGCGGCGGCCGCAGAGGCUGCAAGCGCCAACAGCGGUGCAACGCCCACGCCUGCAUUACCAACUGAAUAUUUAAGCGAAUUGCAGGAACUACAUCACAAAAUAAUGACGCUACAAGAUAAUGACGAGUUGCAACAGGUGGUCGAGAUGAUUGCGGCAACCGGCUGUUACGAGAUUACGGCCAAAACGUUUGAUUUCGAUCUAUGCAAGCUGGAUCGCAGCACUGUGCAGCGACUGCAAGAGUUCUUUGCGACAUCUGUGUCGUGACACAAAAUACAUGCCUAAAAUGGAGAAGUGCCUCGCAGCGGUGGCGGCUGGAAACGGAGCCAGAACGGCAGACGUGGCGAAAGGAGUGCCGACAAAGCAGCUCGUCUGUCUGCUAUUCAAGCCAACAAUUACCAACUAGCAAAAAUUAAGAACAAGAAAGACAAAAAACAAAAGCCGGAGAGUACAGUGUAGAGCGAAUUAGCGGGUGAUGUUCAGACGGUGAACUUGAAGAUAAUAUAGUAGUAAAUAGUAAGAG